UGAAUAAAUUAUCCGAUUGCAUCAGAGGCAUUGUGUGUUUUAAGACAACAUAAAUUGGAGAGAAAUAGACACUUUCUAUUCAGUUUUCGAGAGAAUUUAUAUUUCACUCUUGUAUACGUUAAGUGGCAAGUGAAAUGAAGAAGUGUAAAUCUACUAAUCAUGAGUGUCACAGUGACACUGCUGAAGAAGUUAAAAUCGAGUUGAAACGUGAAAUUGGCCUAUGGAGUGCUGUAUCUAUGACAGUUGGUUCAAUUAUUGGAUCUGGUGUAUUUGUUACACCGAAAGGUGUACUAGGGAAUAGUGAACAAAGUCCUGGUAUAUCUAUACUAAUAUGGAUUAUAUGCGGUGGAAUUUCUUUAUUGGGUUCAUUGUGUUAUGCUGAACUUGGUACUACAAUAAAAUAUAGCGGUGGUGAUUAUGUCUACAUUAAACAAGCAUUUGGUAAUCUACCAGCAUUUCUACAAUUAUGGGUUAAUCUUAUAGUGCUCAAACCAACAACGACUGCAAUCUGUGCUGUAAGCUUUGCUUAUUACGCCUUAUAUCCAAUUUAUCCAAACUGUGAGCCGCCAAAUAUACUUAUUAUCAUCCUGUCUGUCUUGUCUAUCACAAUUCUAACUUGGGUGAAUAUUAUGAAAGUUUGUUGGGCUACAGGAAUUCAAAAUCUAUUCACCAUAGCCAAGGUAUCAGCCUUAAUUGUAAUUAUUCUCACUGGAGUCAUUGUUGUAUGUCUAGGUAGAGUAGAGAAUUUCAAUGAUUUCUGGCAACCGGUACAACCUGUCAAUCCAUCACGUAUUGCUUUAGCUCUUUAUUCUGGAUUAUUUGCUUAUGGUGGUUGGAAUACUGUUAAUAUCAUUACUGAAGAGCUUAAGAAUCCACAAAGGAAUUUACCCUUGUCUAUCUAUAUUAGUAUUACUAUGGUAACAUUUAUUUACGUCUUAACAAAUAUGGCAUAUUUUGCAGUACUUCUACCUGUUGAAAUUAUGCAGUCGAAUGCAGUUGCUGUGACAUUUGCUGAUAGACUAUAUGGUCAAUUUUCAUGGAUAAUACCAGUAUGCGUUUCAUUAUCAUGUUUCGGUGGUUUAAAUGGACUUCUGUUUACAUCAGGCAGACUUAAUUUUGUUGCAGCUAGAGAAGGUCAACUUCCUGCGCUGUUGGCUACUAUUCAUGCUAAACGUCUUACACCGUUACCAUCCAUCCUUUUAAAUUCACUACUUGGUUUAUUAAUGCUUGUUGUUACUGAUCUAUUCGCCCUUAUCAAUUAUGUUUCAUUUGUUCAAUGGUUAUCUAUUGCUGCGAGCAUUUUGGGUAUGAUGUAUCUCCGCUACAGUCAACCUGAUAUUCCUAGACCAGUCUGUUUACCGCUAAUCAUUCCAAUCACAUUCUUGCUAGUAUGUUUAUUUCUGAUUAUUAUGCCAAUAUUUCAAACGCCUAAAGAAGUAUUGAUUGGUCUGGUAAUUGUUCUCUCUGGUAUACCAGUUUACCUAAUUGGUAUUGUAUGGAAAUCGAAACCGAAGUCUUUUAAGCGAAUCUAUGGUUAUAUCACCUUACAGUGUCAGAAAUGGUUACACGUAAUCUAUCCAGAAUGAAAUGUACUCUUGUACAGGAGAAAAAAAUGGUGACUGUCGACUGUUGUGAAAGUUUUUUCUGACUUCACAUUUAUAUCACACAGCCUUUAUCACAUCAGAUCUGAAUGAAUAGUAUCUAUCAGCUUACUUCGCUUUACAUCACUUGACUAUUUUGUCUAAUCGCAUUUCAAUGAACAGAACAAAGAUAUAAAGUUAAGCAUUUCGCUUAAAAAUUCCCUUCUCUCUGUGCUUUUAACUGUUUCGAUCAAAAUGAAUCCCUUCUAAUUUUUACUAAUGAUGACAUUCUCUGGCAAAUUAAUAAUAGUGAAUGUACAAUCUAAAAGAUAAAGAAAUAGAAUAUGUGUGAGAUUUGUUUGUCUUUGAUUGUAUUCUAUGAUUUUC